UGCGCUGCGCUCGGCUCGGCGGCUCUUGACUGUUGUUGUCCCGCGGUGCCGAGCGGACGCAGCCGCGACUAUGAUCCAGGAUCCCGGAGAGAAAUGGAGAAACCACGGACUGACACUUCCGAACACACGCACACAGAGAUUCGGACCGGACGCAACGACGUCGCGGACCUUUUGAUCCCGACUGCGCAGGACGCGCUGUUCUGGAAGUAGCGCGGUGAAACAUUUCUACAGGAAUAACAAUCUUUGUCCCCGGACUGAAGAGAAGCGACGAGCGGGCCUGAGAUCACCUCCGACGGGCGGCAGGAGGGCGGUGAGCCGCGGGGCCACGUUAGCAUUGAGCUCGUCUAACGUUCGAUCCAGUGGGACGUCGACAUGCUGCCGUGUGACGGAGGAGGAACGUGUCCGUGAACAAUCACUGUCCUCACUGAGUGUUUUUCAGUCGGUGGAGAUUUUCCUCCUGUGCGCGUCAGGAUGAGGACAUUCCUGUGAGACCGAGCUGUGGGCUGAGUGUGGAAACAUCGACCACGAGUUGGAAGACUUGACAUCACCAGGCGAGUCCAUGGCAUAACAGGACACCAUCUUUGUUUACGAUCAAGACACUUCACGUGGAGGAGGAGGAGGAGGAGGAGGUUGGUUGGUUCCCCUUCAUCCAGCAGUGCCACCAGAGGAAGUUCACUCAGUGCAGCAGGUGUGAUGGGCAGCCAGGGCAGCCCGGUGAAGAGCUACGACUACCUGCUCAAGUUCCUCCUGGUCGGGGACAGCGACGUGGGCAAAGGGGAGAUCCUGGACAGCCUGCAGGACGGGUCGGCCGAGUCCCCGUACGCCUACAGCAGCGGUAUCGACUAUAAAACCACCACCAUCCUGCUGGACGGGAGACGAGUGAAGCUGGAGCUCUGGGACACCUCCGGACAGGGACGGUUCUGCACCAUCUUCCGCUCGUACUCCCGCGGGGCUCAGGGGAUCCUGCUGGUGUACGACAUCACAAACCGCUGGUCGUUCGACGGGAUCGACCGGUGGAUCAGAGAGAUCGACGAGCAUGCACCUGGCGUGCCCCGGAUCCUCGUGGGCAACCGGCUGCACUUGGCCUUCAAGCGGCAGGUUCCCACGGAGCAGGCGCGGGCGUACGCCGAGAAGAACGGCAUGACGUUCUUCGAGGUGAGCCCGCUGUGCAACUUCAACGUGAUCGAGUCGUUCACCGAGCUGUCGCGCAUCGUCCUCAUGAGGCACGGCAUGGAGAAGUUCUGGAGGCCCAACAGAGUCUUCACCCUGCAGGACCUCUGCUGCCGGGCCAUCGUGUCGUGCACGCCGGUCCACCUCAUCGACAAGCUGCCGCUGCCCGUCGCCAUCAAGUCGCACCUCAAGUCCUUCUCCAUGGCCAACGGCAUGAACGCCGUCAUGAUGCACGGACGCUCCUACUCGCUGGCCAACAACCCGGCCGGCGGCUCCAAGGGCAACAGCCUGAAGCGCUCCAAGUCAAUCCGCCCGCCGCAGAGCCCGCCGCAGAACUGCACCCGCAGCAACUGCAAAAUCUCCUAGAGACGGUUUGUGGCGGAGACGGAGAACGAGCGGGACGUUGUGAGUCGGACGUCCUCAGUUAUCAGAGGAGAACGACCACGGACAGAACUUCGUGUACAGACAAACCCCCCUCGCCACUUCCUGCUUAGUAACACGGCGCUCGCCACGCGUCGCCGACGUCACCUCAACUUCUACUCUUCACUUUGUUGCUCGCACAUUUUGUUUCUUGCUUUCCACGUUCCUUCUCUGUUUUAUUGACCGAUGAGCUCACGAUGGAGAUACGUGUGACCACGGGUUCUCCGCUCACGUGUGUGUGUGUGUGUGUGUGUGUGUGCACGUGCGCGUGCGUGUGUGCGCGCGCACACAACGAACAACGACACAAUGUAAUUUUUUAACGAGUCAAGCAGAUUCAUAUUUUAUUAUUUUCUCUGUAGUUCCAAUGGAUCAGCUUCGACCCAGUGAUGCUUGUUGCUAUGGAAACCCCCAUCCCCUGCAUUGAAGUUGCCUAUUUUUUUUUAUGUCUUUAAAUAUUUUAUGAGUUUUAUUUUUAACUUGACGCCAAUUGAAGGAAGUUUCUCCCACAAAGGAAAAGAAAAAACCUGAGAUUAAAAAAAAUACGAGUUGGGAAAUAAAACCAUUGCGUGUCCCUUCGUCUCUCGUCACUUCCUGUCUUCAGCUCCGAGCUCCUCACCUUCAUCUCGCGCGCUCUUCCUCUCCUUUUCUGUUUCCUGUCUCCUCACCUCGUGCACCCGUCAUCACGCUCACGCCGCCGUCGGUCCGAGGCUGAUUUCACGGUGACACGUGUUCGCGUUCGUGUUAAAUUUCAACUCCCCAGUUUCAGCUUCUCGUCGAUGAUCCGACUGAACUCGACCGUCGCGUUGUGUUGAAACGAGCGUGGAGUCGUGAACGUCUUCCCCCUCUGAUCCGCUCCACUGCCUCCGCACGCCGUCCCAUGAUUCAUUGCUGGUGAAUAAAACAUUGCAGAUCUCUGUCGGGCUUCAACCUGCUCUUUGCUGCCUGGUUCCUUCUGUUUCCUUCCUCUACGAGAUAAAAAAAAUUAUUUUUAUUUUUUACGCGAGGUUUCAUGUUUCUUUGUGUCGGACGAGUUUAGUUUCCUGUCGUGUUUCCGUGACGACACGGACGUUUGUUUUUUCCUCCAGACUUCGGUUCCGCGUCUUCUCUUGAAUCUUCCUCAGUGUUCGUUGAUCCUGUUUCUUUUUUUCUUUUUCUUUUUCUUUUUUUUAUUAAAUGAUGGAAAUAUUUGUAUUGAGGAUGAUGAGAGAUUGCGGGGGGAGGGGGGACUGCUGUGAUGAUGAUGAUGAUGAUGAUGAACACCUGUAAAACACUAUUCUUGUUUUGGGCUAAAGCUGCUGAGUAAUCUGAAGUGUGUGUGUAUGAGUGUGUGCGUGUGUGUGUGUGUGACUGAGAAACAAUUUUUUCAAACACCAAGCUGAACGUUUUUUUCCUUUUUUUUAAAUUAUUGAUUGUACAGUUUCAAGGUGACGGAAGGAAGUCAGAGAAUUUUUCACAAUAAAACUAUUGAAUGUUGAAGUCA